CGUUUUAAAGAAUAGAGCGUCUAGAAAUUGGCUUCUCUCUAUAAAUAUAUACAGAGAAACAUGCUUUUAUUGUAAAUGUAUACAGGGUGUAAGAAUCCAUUAAAGCAUAUUAUAGCACAGCUGUCACUUUCUAAAUUCUCGUUAUCAUCUUCUUCAAUACUCUUAAUUCUCUCCAUAACUAAAUACCUCUCUCUUCCUUUCUUUCAUCCUUUCUCUAUCUAUGGCUUCCACUACCAUAACAAGCGACAAGCAACAGAAAGGGAAAUUUGUACCAAAUGAAGACAACGUUCUACAGAAGCAUGUUUUCUUCUUCGAUAGGAACAAAGAUGGUUUAGUUUAUCCAUGGGAGACAUUUCAGGGUUUUCGAGCAAUUGGGUGCGGUAUCCUCUUGUCCACUGCUAGUGCCAUUUUCAUCAACGCUGGUCUCAGCCAAAAAACUCGCCCUGGGAAGUUUCCUUCUCUAUUAUUCCCUAUUGAGGUUAAGAACAUCCAGAGAAGCAAACAUGGAAGCGAUUCUGGUGUCUAUGACACCGAAGGAAGGUUUGUACCUGAAAAAUUUGAAGAAAUUUUCCGCAAGCAUGCUCAAUCUCAUCCACAUGCCCUAACAUCAGAGGAACUAAAGGAAAUGUUAAAGGCGAACAGAGAACCGAAAGAUUACGCAGGAUGGCUUGCAAGCUUUGCAGAAUGGAGAACACUAUACAGUCUUUGCAAGGACAAGGAUGGGUUGCUGCACGAAGACACAGUUAGAGCUGUCUAUGAUGGCAGCCUCUUUGACCACUUGGAGAAGGAAAAGGAAUCAGCUAAAAAGAAAGCUGUUCGGUGAAAGACACAGGGGGCAUUUUGGUAGAGUUGGCGGUUCCAAGUGGCUGCAGUUGAUGAGUGGUUAAUUGUAUCGGUGAUUUAUACUCUUAGACAAUAAUAAGAUGCGAUUAGUGUAAUGAAAUAUUUAAUUAUUUUAUAUGAUUGUAGAAAACUAUUUAAUGUAAUUAGUAAUAUUAAUUAUAUAAUUUGAUGUAAUAAUUAGCAUUUAAAGAAUAUAAAUAAUCAUAAUUGAUUAUAAUA